CAUCUGUUGUCUGAAAUGGAGUCACUGAAGCCAAAAGUUCAUGCAGUACAAGUCUGUCAGAGUGCCCUGAGGAUUCCUGAAGAGGUGGUCACCGGCCUGCCGAUGUGCCACAGUGCCCUCAGGCUCCAGGAGGAGGCCAGCCGCCUGCAGCACACUGCCAUCCAGCAGUGCAACAUCAUGCAGGAAGCAGUGGUUCAGUAUGAGCAAUAUGAGCAAGAAAUGAAACAUUUACAGCAAAUGAUAGAGCGCGCCCAUCAUGAGAUCCAAGAUAAAGCAAUAGCAACUGGCAAUAUCCAGGAACUCCAGGUCCAGAUUUCACGUCAUGAGGAGCUGGCUCAGAAGAUCAAAGGAUAUCAGGAGCAAAUUGCUUCUUUGAAUUCAAAGUGCAAGAUGCUGACAAUGAAAGCAAAACAUGCCACCAUGCUGCUGACAGUGACAGAAGUGGAGGGGCUUUCAGAGGGAAUGGAGGAGCUGGAUUCAGACUUGCUCCCAGCACACCCUGCUCAUCCCUCGGUGGUUAUGAUGACUGCUGGUCGCUGUCACACGCUGCUCUCCCCUGUCACUGAGGAGUCUGGGGAGGAGGGAACCAACAGUGAGAUUUCUUCUCCACCUGCCUGUCGCUCUCCUUCACCUGUGGCUAAUACAGAUGCUUCUGUUAACCAGGACAUUGCUUACUACCAAGCCUUAUCUGCUGAACAGUUGCAGACAGAAGCUGCUAAAAUUCAACCCAGCACUUCAGCCACGCAGGAGUUUUAUGAACCAGGCUUAGAAACAGCUGCUAGUGCCAAACUGGAUGAUUUGCAGCGUUCUUGGGAAACACUGAAAAAUGUGAUCAGUGAAAAGCAGCGCACCCUCUAUGAAGCCCUUGAGCGUCAACAGAAGUAUCAGGACACACUCCAGUCUAUAUCCACAAAAAUGGAGAGCAUUGAGAUCAAACUAAAUGAGAGUCUGGAACCAGCCAAAAGCCCAGAGAGCCAGAUGGCUGAGCAUCAGGCUUUGAUGGAUGAGAUUUUGAUGUUACAAGAAGAAAUCACUGAGCUUCAGACAUCAUUAGCCCAGGAGCUGGUUUCAGAACCACUGGAUGCAGAAGCUGCUGAUCAGCUGGCAUUGCAGUCCACUCUCACGGUCUUGGCAGAACGAAUGGCCACAAUUCGAAUGAAGGCAUCAGGAAAACGACAACUAUUAGAGGAAAAACUGAACGAGCAGCUGGAAGAACAGCGGCAAGAGCAGGCUCUUCAAAGGUACCGUUGUGAAGCUGAUGAGCUUGACCACUGGCUACUAAAUACCCGAGCAACACUUGACACUACUCUGAUUACUCCUGAGGAACCUAUGGACAUGGAAGCACAGCUGGUAGACUGUCAGAACAUGCUGGUUGAGAUAGAGCAGAAGGUGGUAGCCUUGUCAGAGUUGUCUGUGCACAACGAGAACUUGCUUAUGGAGGGGAAGGCUCAUACCAAGGAUGAGGCAGAGCAGCUGGCUGUGAAACUCAGGACGCUGAAGGGCAGCCUUCUGGAGCUGCAGAGAGUGCUCCACGAUAAACAGAUCAACAUUCGGGGAUCAUUACAAGACAAGGAGGAGAGUGAUCUAGACUUUGUUUCCUCACAAAGCCCCAAUGUCCAAGAAUGGCUGGCACAAGCAAGAACCACUCGCUCACAGCAACAGCAGAGCACCCUGCAGCAACAGAAAGAGCUGGAGCAAGAACUAGAAGAGCAGAAGAAUCUUCUUCGGUCAGUAGCAUGCCGUGGAGGAGAAAUCUUAACACAGCAAGGUGCUCCAGAAGGCGUAUGUAUAAGUGAGAAGCCUGAUACACUUUCCAAGGAACUGGACUUGGAAGGUGAGAAGCCGUCACCUGAAGAACAGAUGAAAGUGAAAUGGGAAAGCCUGAACCAGGAAUUCCAUACAAAGCAGAGACUGCUUCAGAAAGCUCUGGAACAAGAACAGCUGGUAUUUUAUAACAGACCAAACAGACUGCUAUCUGGAAUGCCUUUGUAUAAGAAAGGACAGGAUGAAGCUAAAUCCUCAGUGUCACCAGUAUUGGUUGAAUUGAAUCAAGUCUUUGAAGAUAUGUCAUCUGAGGUCGGACAGGCGGAAGAGAGCCUCCAUCUUGAACAGAAGCUGUAUGAUGGUGUCACAGCCACAUCCUUGUGGCUAAAUGGUGUGGAAGAACAGGUCUUUGUUGCUACAGUUCUGUUGCCAGAGGAAGAAACAGAAGCAUACCUCUUCAAACAAGAGUCUCUUGCCAAAGAAAUCAAAGACAUUACAGAAGAAACAGAUAAGAACAAGAAUUUAUUUGCUCAGAUAUUUCCUGAGAAUGGUGAUAAUAGGGAUGUUAUACAAGAUACUUUGGAUUGUCUCCUGGGAAGACUGACAUUACUGGAGUCAGUAGUAAACCAGAGAUGCCAUCAGAUGAAAGAACGGCUGCAGCAGAUAGUGACUUUCAAGAAUGAUCUGAAGCUCCUGUUUACCUCGGUGGCUGAAAACAAAUAUUUAGUUUUACAGAAACUAGCAGAGGCAGCUGAGAGACCAGAAACAGAACAAAUGCAGGUCAUACUGCAGGCAGAAGAAGGUUUGAAGGAACUAGAUGCUGGAAUCAAUGAAUUAAAGAAGCGUGUAGACAAGCUACAAAUUGACCAACCUUCUGUGCAAGAGCUGUCUAAGAUUCAGGAUAAGUAUGAUGAGCUGAUGAUGAUCAUUGGAUCCAGACGGAGUGAUCUGAAUCAGAAUCUUGCUCUUAAGAGGCAGUAUGAACGGGCUUUGCAGGACCUCGCUGACCUGGUAGAAACAGGCCAAGAAAAGAUGGCUGGUGACCAGAAAAUGAUUGUUGCUUCUAAGGAAGAGGUUCGAUCGCUACUUGACAAACAUAAGGAAUAUUUUCAGGGGUUGGAGUCUCACAUGAUCCUGAUGGAAACACUCUUUAGAAAGAUGUGUAGCUUUGCCCUCUUGAAAGAAACUCAGUCACAUUCAGAGCUAAUGACACAAGCUUCAGCUAUAUUAAAGAUGUCUCAUAAACGAGGUGUGGAGCUGGAAUACAUUCUAGAGACUUGGACGCAUCUGGAUGAAGAUUACCAGGAACUCACCAGGCAAUUGGAGUCUGUGGAAGGUAGCAUCCCCACUGUUGGUUUGGUGGAAGAGACGGAGGACAGGCUUAGAGAGCGGAUUACACUUUUUCAGCAUCUGAGAUCUAACCUGACUGAAUACCAACCUAAAUUAUACCAAGUGCUAGAUGAUGGAAAAAGGCUCCUUUUUUCUGUGAGCUGCUCAGAUCUCGAAAGCCAACUGAACCAACUAGGAGAACACUGGUUAAGUAACACCAGUAAGGUUAGCAAGGAGCUUCAGAGGCUGGAGACAAUACUGAAGCACUGGACAAGAUAUCAGAGUGAAUCAAAUGAAUUGACACGUUGGUUACAGUCUGCAAAGGAACGACUUGAGUUUUGGAGCCAGCAGUCUUUGACAGUUCCUCAGGAACUGGAAACAGUCCGAGAUCACCUGAACUCCUUUUUGGAGUUUUCAAAAGAAGUGGAGGCUAAAUCGUCACAGAAAUCUUCUGUCCUGAGUACUGGAAACCAGCUCCUCAGGCUGAAGAAGGUGGAUACAGCAGGAUUGCGUGCAGGAUUGUCCCACAUCGACAGUCAGUGGACAGAGCUGCUCACACAAAUACCAGCAGUACAAGAAAAAUUGCACCAGCUCCAAAUGGACAAAAUUCCUUCUCGUCAUGCUAUCACUGAAGUUAUGAGCUGGAUUGGUUUCAAGAUAGAUUUAAAUUGCAAACAAUUGACGGUAGACUUUGUGAACCAAUCAGUGCUACAGAUUAGCAGCCAGGAUGUUGAAAGUAAACGGAGUGACAAAACUGAUUUUGCAGAACAGCUUGGAGCAAUGAACAGACGUUGGCAGAUCCUGCAAGGCCUGAUAACAGAAAAGAUCCAGCUGUUGGAAAGUCUGCAGGAGUCCUGGACAGGAUAUGAAAAUAAUGUGCAGUGCCUAAAAACUUGGUUUGAAACCCAAGAGCAGAAGCUGAAACAGCAACAGAAAAUUGGAGACCAGGCUUCAGUACAGAAUGCUUUGAAAGACUGUCAGGAAUUAGAAGAAUUAAUAAGAACAAAGGAAAAAGAAGUUGAAAAUGUAGAACAGAGUGGUCUUUCUUUGAUACAGAACAAGAACAAAGAAGUCUCUUCUGCUGUUAUGAAAACACUGCAAGAAAUUAACCGUUCCUGGGCCAGUUUGGAACACAUGGUUAGCCAAAUGAAGAUAUUGUUGCAAUCUGUUCUUGAUCAGUGGAGCAUUUACAAAGUGGUUUAUGAAGAACUAAAUAGUUACUUGACAGAAGCUAGAUAUUCUUUGUCCCGUUUUUAUCUUCUUACCGGUUCUUUGGAAGCUGUGAAAGUCCAAGUCGAUAACCUUCAGAGCCUACAAGAUGAAUUGGAAAAGCAAGAAAGUAGCUUACAGAAAUUUGGUUCUGUGACCAACCAAUUGUUGAAAGAAUGUCAACCACCAGUGACUGAAACACUUACCAACACUUUGAAAGAAGUGAAUAUGAGGUGGAACAACCUUCUGCAGGAGAUUGCAGAGCGGCUGUGUGCCAGUAAGGGCCUCCUUCAGCUAUGGCAGAGGUACAAGGACUGUUACCAGCAGUGCUCCUCCAUAGUCCAUCAGCGGGAAGACCAGACCAAUGAACUCCUGAAGACUGCAAACAGCAAAGACAUUGCUGAUGAUGAGGUUACUGCCUGGAUUCAGGACUGCAAUGAUGUGCUUACGGAUUUGAAGGCAGCACAGGAGUCACUGGUUGUUCUUCAAGAGCUGGGAGAGGAGCUAAAAAGCCAGGUGGAGGCUUCAGCAGCAGCAGCUAUACAGUCUGAUCAUCUUUCUCUGAACCAGAAUCUGUCAACCCUAGAACAAGCUCUCCGCAAGCAACAGGCUGUACUUCAGGCUGGAGUGCUGGACUAUCAGACCUUUUCCAAGAACCUACAAGUCCUUGAGGCCUGGAUAAUGGAAGCAGAAGAAAUAUUGAAAGGGCAAGAUCCCAGUCACUCAUCUGAUCUCUCAGCAAUACAGAGUAGAAUGGAGGAACUCAAGAGUCAGAUGUUGAAAUUCAGCAGCAUGGCCCCAGAUUUGGACCGUCUUAAUGAGCUGGGUUACAGGCUUCCUCUGAAUGAUAAAGAAAUCAAAAGAAUACAGAAUCUGAACAGACAUUGGUCUCAGAUCUCCUCGCAGACUACGGAGAGAUUCAGUAAGCUGCAGUCUUUCUUGCUGCAGCAGCAGACCUUCUUGGAGAAAUGUGAGACUUGGAUGGAUUUAUUAGUUCAGACUGAGCAAAAGCUGGCAGCAGAGAUUUCAGGAAACUACCAGAGCCUUUUAGAGCAACAGAGGGCACAUGAGCUAUUCCAGGCAGAGAUGUUCAGCCGCCAGCAGAUUUUACAUUCAAUUAUCUCUGAUGGGCAGCACCUCCUAGAACAAGGACAGGUGGAUGACAGGGAUGAAUUUAAUCUGAAGCUGACUCUUUUAAGUGAUCAAUGGCAAGGAGUAAUUCGCCGGGCACAGCAGAGGAGGGGGAUCAUUGACAGCCAGAUUCACCAGUGGCAACGCUAUAGGGAGAUGGCAGAGAAGCUGCGCAAGUGGCUGGUGGAAGUAUCCUGUCAACCUGUGACUGGGCUACGCAACAUUCCUAUCACAUUGCAGCAAGCCAGAGCACUACUGGAUGAAGUGCAGCUUAAAGAGAAAGUUCUCCUAAGGCAGCAAGGGAGUUACAUCCUCACUGUGGAAGCUGGGAAGCAACUGCUGCUCUCUGCUGACAGUGAAGCUGAGGCAGCCCUGCAGACAGAGCUUACUGAAAUUCAGGAGCGCUGGAAAGUAGCUAGCACCCAGCUGGAGCAGCAAAAGAAACAGCUUGCCUUACUACUGAAAGACUGGGAAAAAUCUGAAAAGGGCAUAGCAGACUCCCUGGAGAAGCUAAGAUCAUUCAAAAAAAAGCUUUCUCAGCCUUUACCAGAACACCAUGAUGAGCUGCAUGCAGAGCAGAUUCGUUGCAAGGAGUUAGAGAAUGCUGUUGAAGGAUGGACAGAUGACCUUGCACACCUCUCUUUGCUGAAGGAGUCCCUGUCUAUAUAUAUCAGUGCAGAUGAUAUCUCAGUCCUCAGUGAACGCAUAGAGCUUCUGCACAGACAGUGGGAGGAGCUGUGCCACCAGGUAUCCUUACGUCGACAACAAGUUACUGAGAGACUGAAUGAGUGGGCUGUCUUCAGUGAGAAGAAUAAGGAACUCUGUGAAUGGCUGACACAAAUGGAAAGUAAGGUUUCUCAAAAUAGUGACAUCCUCAUAGAAGAAAUGAUUGAAAAACUUAAAAAGGAUUAUCAAGAGGAAAUUGCGGUAGCCCAGAAGAGCAAAAUCCAGCUCCAGGAAAUGGGAGAGCGACUUGCUAAAGCUAGCCAUGAGAGUAAGGCAUCAGAGAUUGAGUACAAACUUAGCAAGAUCAAUGACAGGUGGCAACAUCUUCUAGAUCUUAUUGCAGCCAGGAUAAAGAAGUUGAAGGAGACCCUGGUUGCAGUACAGCAGCUGGAUAAAAAUAUGAAUAGCCUGAGGUCAUGGCUUGCCCACAUUGAAUCAGAGCUAUCCAAACCUAUCGUCUAUGAAACUUGUGACUCUGAAGAGAUACAAAGGAAGCUAAAUGAACAGCAGGAACUUCAGAAGGACAUAGAGAAACACAGCACCGGAGUGGCAUCUGUUCUCAAUCUAAGUGAAGUGCUCCUUCAUGACUGUGAUGCUUGUGCCACAGAAGCAGAGUGUGACUCUAUACAGCAGGCUACACGCAAUCUGGACAGAAGGUGGAGGAAUAUUUGUGCAAUGUCAAUGGAAAGGCGACUUAAAAUUGAAGAGACAUGGCGGCUAUGGCAAAAGUUUUUGGAUGAUUACUCUAGAUUUGAAGACUGGCUAAAAAUCUCUGAGAGGACAGCUGCUUUCCCAAGCUCCUCUGGUGUGCUUUACACGGUUGCUAAGGAAGAACUCAAGAAAUUUGAGGCAUUCCAGAGACAAGUGCAUGAAAGUCUGACUCAGCUGGAACUAAUCAAUAAACAAUAUCGUCGCCUGGCCCGAGAGAACCGCACUGACUCUGACUGCAGCCUCAAGCAAAUGGUUCAUGAAGGGAACCAGAGAUGGGACAACUUACAAAAGCGAGUUACCUCCAUCCUGCGCAGGCUAAAACAUUUUAUUGGCCAGCGUGAGGAGUUCGAGACCGCACGUGAUAGCAUCCUGGUAUGGCUAACAGAGAUGGACCUGCAGCUGACCAACAUUGAGCAUUUCUCAGAGUGUGAUGUCCAAGCAAAGAUAAAGCAACUUAAGGCUUUCCAGCAAGAAAUUUCACUGAACAACAACAAAAUUGAUCAGAUAAUUGUGCAGGGUGAGCAACUUAUUGAGAAAACUGAGCCCAUGGAUGCAGCUGUCAUUGAAGAAGAACUGGAUGAACUGCGCCGUUACUGUCAAGAGGUCUUUGGACGUGUGGAACGCUAUCACAAGAAACUUAUCCGGCUUCCUCUGACAGAUGACGAACACGACAUCUCUGACAGAGAGGUGGAUCUGGAUGAAUCAGCAGAUCUCUCUGACAUACACUGGCAUGACAAAUCUGCAGACAGCGUUCUGUCCCCACACCCUUCUUCCAACCUGUCGCUGCCUCUUUCCCAGCCAGUGAGAAGUGAGAGAUCAGGGCGAGAUACACCUGCAAGCGUGGACUCCAUUCCCCUGGAAUGGGAUCAUGACUACGACCUUAGCAGAGACCUAGAGACAGCCAUUUCACGGACACUGCACUCUGAGGAAGAAGACGGUGGGCAAGAGAAGGACUUCUACCUGAGAGGAGCAGCUGGUGUAACAGGAGAACCUGGUGCCCUGGAAGCACAUAUCCGACAGCUGGACAAGGCCUUAGACACCAGUCGUUUCCAAAUACAACAAACAGAAAACAUCAUCCGCAGCAAAACACCUACAGGACCAGAGCUGGAUUCCAGUUACAAAGGAUAUAUGAAGCUACUAGGUGAGUGCAGUGGAAGCAUAGAUUCAGUAAAAAGGCUUGGAUAUAAAUUGAAGGAAGAAGAAGAAAAAUUUUCUGGACUUAUUAACCUGAACAGUACUGAAACACAAACAGCUGGUGUAAUUGAACGAUGGGAAUUAAUCCAGGCUCAAGCUCUAAGCAAGGAACUGAGGAUGAAGCAGAACCUUCAGCAAUGGCAGCAAUUUAACUCUGACCUUAAUAGCAUUUGGGCUUGGUUGGGAGAAACUGAAGAGGAACUGGAGAAGCUCCGCCACCUUGAUCUCAGCACUGACAUACAAACUAUUGAGCUCAGAAUUAAAAAACUGAAAGACCUGCAAAAAGCAAUUGAUAAUCGCAAAGCAAUCAUCUUAUCCAUCAAUCUAUGUAGCUCAGAGUUCACUCAGUCUGACAGCGAAGAGAGCAAGAAGCUUCAAGAGCGCCUGUCUCAGAUGAAUGUGCGUUGGGACCAUGUGUGCUGUAUGAUCGAAGAGUGGCGCUGCUCAUUGCAGGCUGCAUUAAUGCAGUGCCAGGAUUUCCAUGAAAUGAGCCAUGGUUUGCUGCUUUGGUUAGAGAAUAUUGACAGAAGAAAAAAUGAGAUUGUGCCCAUCAAUCCGAACCUGGACUCAGAUACGCUGCAGGAUCAUCACAGACUUUUACUGCAAAUCAGACGUGAACUGCUGGAGUCUCAGUUGAAGGUGGCAUCAUUGCAAGAUAUGUCCUGCCAAUUGCUAGUCAAUGCCGAAGGCGAGGACUGUCUUGAAGCCAAAGAAAAGGUGCAUGUCAUUGGAAACAGACUGAAGCUUCUCUUGAAGGACGUCACACGUCAUAUUAAAGACCUAGAGAAAAUUCUAGACAUUUCAAGUAGUCAGCUGGAAUUGUCCUCGUGGUCCUCUGCUGAUGAAUUAGACACAUCAGGCUCAGUGAGUCCUGUAUCUGGAAGAAGCACUCCAAGCAGACAGAGAACGCCACGGGGCAAAUGUAGUCUCUCACAGCCUGGACCCUCUGUCAGCAGUCCACAUAGCAGGUCCACAAGAGGUGGCUCAGGUUCCUCCCCUUCUGAGGCUGGGCCAGCACGGCGGCACCCAUCCUUCUUCCUCAGAGUCCUCAGAGCUGCUCUGCCACUUCAGCUCCUCUUGCUGCUCCUGAUUGGGCUGGCUUGCCUGGUGCCGAUGACUGAGGAGGACUACAGCUGUACUAUGGCCAACAACUUUGCCCGCUCUUUCCACCCCAUGCUAAAAUACAUGAAUGGUCCACCUCCAUUAUGAAGGAGACCUGUGAGACAGCAGGUGACCAUGCAGGAGAGCUAGCUGUGAGGCAGGAUGGUUUUAAAGGGUGGCAGGAUUCAGUGUGGCAGCUUUACCUACUUAAUGUAGUUGCUGCUGUGCUCAUUAUCAUUCUCUGCUGGCACUCAGCUAGUAACACAUCAGUAUAUCAGUAUCAAAUUCACAAUGUAUUACCUAAGUAGCAUUGUUCAAAUACUUACAUCCUGGGUACUAAGGAGGAUGUGACGUGUGUGAGGGAAAUGUCCUUCUGUCCAGCAUUCUGGAUCUUUAGCCACUUUAUAUCCAAGUCAUUGCCCUGUACUAUGCAUAGCUGAGGACUUGAUACUGUAGAUCCUUUCCUAUGUGCUGCUCUAAAUGAGCCUUUAGCCAGUCCUUGUUAAAUACCCUCUUGGUAUCUACAGUAUACAAAAUAACCAAUGCUAAAGAAAUUUUAGAGCAUUUGUAACAUACAGUUUUAAAGGAUCUUGUAU